CUGAAGUUGUCCCACCUCCCUCUUUUCCAGUCAGGACGCUCCAAUCUUGCGGAGCGCAUCGCUGAAACUCUCCAAAGAGUUUACAACUCCGGCUCCUGCUCCGGGACCACAGCAUCGAGUGCACCGAGACCAGGAAAAGUUUGACAUAGAAGCAACUGUGAAGUCAGCUGCGGGGAGCUGUGGGGAACGGCGAAGGGGAGGAAUGGUCCUCCAGCCCAGCGGCACAUGUGAGCCCAGAGGCCACCGGUAACGGCUGCACCUCACCGGCGACGGGGACAGAGAGGGCCACUGAAAACACACAGGACACAGGGAAAGACAUAGGACAAGUGUUGUGAGUGUCACAGGUCUCCUGUCACCUCGAUACGAUGGUCUGUCCGCCGGGAUUCAGCUGGGUGUUCCUGAGCGCACUGGUGCACACUGUGGCACCCUGGGGCGCACACCGACCGGACAGACCGAGGCAGUGCGACGCACCCAAGUCGCAAAGUGACAUGAAUUCUUUCCUGUGGACAAUAAAGCGAGCACCUCCGCAUCCUCCUUCUUACUUGUUCGGUACCAUCCACGUACCCUACACUCGAGUCUGGGACUUCAUUCCCAACAGCUCCAAGCAGGCUUUCCACAACAGCCCCAAUGUUUUCUUUGAGCUUGAUCUGACGGACCCCCUGACUAUCUCCAAGCUGACCAGCUGCCAGCUUCUGCCCCACGGGGAGAACCUUCAGACCCUGCUACCUCGAGACCUGUACCGCCGCCUCAAACGCCACCUGGACUAUGUCAAACACAUGAUGCCUUACUGGAUGACAGCUGACCAGCGAGGCCGCGGCCUGUACGCAGACUAUCUGUUUAACGCAAUUGCUGGAAACUGGGAGCGGAAGAGGCCGGUGUGGGUGAUGCUGAUGGUCAACUCACUGACUGAGUGGGACGUAAGGUCAAGGGGGACACCAGUGCUGGACCUGUUCUUGGCUCAAGAGGCCGAGAGGAUGGGGAAGACGACGGGAGCAGUGGAGCGAGUGGAGGAGCAGUGUCAUCCUCUUAAUGGCCUCAACUUCUCUCAGGUGCUGUUUGCUUUGAACCAGACGCUCCUGCAGCACGAAGGCGUUCGAGCGGGCAGUCUGCAGGGCUCCUACACCACUGAGGACCUCAUUACCCAUUACAACUGUGGAGACCUGAACUCUAUCAUCUUUAACCAUGACACCUCACAAUUGCCUCACUUCAUCAACAGCUCGUUGCCAGCUCAUGAUCGUCUGACCGCCCUACAGAUUGACAGCUACUUUCGUCAGGAGCUCAUCUACAAACGCAAUGAGCGAAUGGCUCGCCGUGUGUCUGCUCUGCUGCAAAGAAAUCCCAACCAAACGUUCUUUUUUGCUUUUGGUGCAGGUCACUUCCUGGGUAACCACAGUGUGCUGGACAUCCUCAGACAGGAGGGCUAUGACAUCAUCCACACACCUUCAGAUUAUCAGGAAACAGAGAAUAAACCAGAUAAAGACCCAGAGUCCAGCCAGGAGAGCUCUGACCUGAGCACCAUGUCUCCCACCAGCUGGAUGACCAGUCCACUGGACACUGAGCUGGAGCUGGACAUCCCAGAGGGCCUCCCGGGACUGGAUGAGGAGGAGCUGCCUCACAUGCUGCUUCCUGACAGCCUGAGCCAACUGGAGGAGUUUGGCCGACACAAACGGCCUCGCAAAACUCACCGUGGUCAUGGGAGACCACGACUCUUCAGUGACCUGUGGGUCCGCAUUGGGGACAGCACCACCCCAUCACCUAACAUUAGGAUCAUCAACAGCUACGUGACAGUGGAACCUCCUCUCACCCACCAAGAACAGCGCAGACGGUUGGAGAUCUACGCUACAGAGCGACACCCCAGUCCAGCGUCCUCCACCCCGUCCAGCCCCAGCUCAGCCCCACCACCUCUACUCCACUGCACACUCACACUGUCUUGCAUUUUAGCCUGGCUGCUAUCACACACACUCUUCACUUCCUGACCUUAAGACAGCGUUCUCUCCCAAACGGACACUCGGACACUGCUGUGUCCACACCAGAGCAGUGGAAUGUACCUGAUGAACAUGGAAGAUACAUGCUGAUGAGAAAUGGAAGAAUAUAUUUGGGUCAGGAUGUGGCGUUCUGAAGGCAGGAGGGUCCUGGGGCUCAGCUGAAGUCUGCCCACAGUCUCAAAAUGUGUGAAAUAAGCUCUGACUCAAGAUAACGUGUGGAGUCGAAAAACCUCAUGAAAGUAUUAUGAUAGAGUAACAACUACAUAGCACACUGAAGAUGUGUAAUGUUAAAAGAGUUUGUGUGGUGGAUACCUCUGCCAAGUUAAAAACUGUAAUACUGUAUAGAAAAAUAAGAUUGACAUUAAUAAUGCUAAUAGGACAUACUAAUAACUGUAAGUGUUCUACGUCUGUGAUCAGUGGAUUCAGUGGAUGCAGUCAAACAGUACUGUACAGAAAGGGGAUGAUCCGUUUUGUAAAUUGUGCAUUUUGUUCAUAAAGAAGUAUUGUAUAUUUAUUAUUUCUGGAAGAAAAGAGUAUAUUUUCUUGCUUUUGAAGAUAAUUGGAAAAAAAAUAAAUAAACUU